ACACACACUGACGCUGACGUCAAACUAAGCUAAGCUAACCUAGCCGACUGCUCGGCUCCGAACACUGCACUCCAAAGGAGCGGCUCGUCUCUAUAUACUUUCACCAUGGAUAUGAGCAACAUCCUUUCCCAGCUUGAAACUGUCAGUGACGGUGAGAUUGAGACGGUCCUUCAGCAGUAUAACCAGGAGAACAGCCAAACCUUUACCUUUAACCCCCAAGAAGAGAAGCUGCGAAGUAAACUGUGCCAGAGUGUGUUAGCGGUGCUCGGACUGCCAGUGCAGCCCAGCUGUCAGAGGACGUGCCUGGAGACGCUCCGCAUCCUCUCCAGAGACAAGAAGGUCCUGGCACCUGUAGCCACCAAGGAGGGCAUGUUAGUCCUGGGGAGGCUGGCCAGAAUACCCACCAGAGAGACCCGCGAUAGCCAGAGUCAGCCACAGUCCGAGGAAGAGCUUCAUGUGGUGGUAGAGGCAUUGAAGUGCCUUUGCAACAUCGUCUUCAACAGUCCUGCAGCGCAGCAGGCCAGCGUGGACAUAAAACUGCCUCAUGGCCUGUGUUCAAACGUGUCCAUGGCUCGCACCUGGAAUCAGGAAGUGGGCCUCUUUGCAUUACGCCUGCUCUUCCUACUGUCUGCCCUGCAACCCAACGUGAGGGAGGUCUUGAGGAGAGAGUGCGACGCUGUGAGGCUGCUCACUGACGUUCUGCAACACACACUGGACGUCAGCUGGGUCGGUCCAUACGAAGUGGCAGCCCCAGACCCGCAGGCUCUUCCGCUGCCGGCUCAUGACAAUGAGAUGGUGAUGGAAACACUGAAGUCCUUGUACAACCUCACGUUGUCCAAUCCCCGUGGAGAGGAGGACGACCACCAGUUUCGCCGCAUCACAGGGAUCCUUCGUCACCUGUUGAUGAUAAGGACAGAAACAGAGGAUAAAACUGAAGAAGUUCACAGUCAUGCUGUUAACCUGCUCAUGAACCUCCCCGUCUCCUGCUUGUCUGUGUUCAUCGAUGUUCCCGUUCAAGGAGGUGACGAAAAAUAUGGUGGGAAAAAUUUGGAUGCUGUACAGGUGCUAUUGGACUUCAUGGAGAGAAGAAUUGACAAGGAGUGCAACUACAAAGAAGGGCUGACCCCUGUGCUCAGUCUCUUGACUGAAGGCUCUCGCUGCCACAGAGAGUUUCGUCGAUACAUCAAAGCUCAGGUGCUGCCUCCACUGAGAGAUGUGACAACACGGCCGGAGGUUGGGACGACCCUCAGAAACAAAGUGGUGCGACUGAUGACUCAUGUGGAUUUGGGUGUUAAGGAGUCAGCCGCUGAGUUUCUUUUUGUCUUGUGCAAAGAGAAUGUUAACAGCUUGUUGAAGUACACUGGGUACGGAAACGCUGCCGGGUUUCUGAUGGGCCGGGACUUCCUGACCAGAGGGCGAACACAGGGUCAGUAUUCGGAAGAUGAAGACUCUGACACCGAGGAAUACAAGGCAGCAAAGCCGUUCAUCAACCCUGUGACGUGUUCGGUGGAGGAGCCGACGCCCAACCCAAUGGAUGAGAUGACGGAGGAGCAGAAAGAGUAUGAAGCCGAAAAGCUGAUCACAAUGUUUGACAAGCUGGCGAGGCAGAACGUGAUCCGGCCGAUGGUCAUGAGGCCUGACGGAUCCUUAGGUCCUCUGGAAGAAAGCCUCUGUGAUCCUCGGGCGCAGAAGUCGGGAUCGGACUCUGAUGAGUGAACUUUACUCCCACAUUAUAUUUAGGCACAGACCACUGGGACCCCGGCGAACCCCUCACCGACACUGUAACUUCCAUCCUUGUAAAUCUGUCGCUGGAAUUUUAAUACUUGCACACGCAUCCCACAUUUGUUGUUUACUGAACUGCACGCAAGUGCAGUUUUUUAGUUGAAAUGAAGACUUGGAUUUAUUUAUAUUCUCAAAUGUUAAUGCUGGUGAUCUUCUGAAGUUGCUUCAGCAUUUUAAACUUGCACCGUGUCACUGACUUCAAUUUUUAUCUGCUAGUUACGGUUCCCUCAGAUAACACAGGAUGUGUCAUUCUGGGCUUCUGUGUUCAUGCUUGCCACAUCCUGUGUUGAUGGAUCGACUUCGAAAAUGAGGUUUCCCCUCUGGCUCUGGUGAAUCGCCACUGGUCACUGAUUCGGCUCGACAGAAAUUCCAGCACUUUAUGUGAAAUUGUUACAACAGAGGUUGAAAGACAAGUGGCGUGGCUCAAAAAAAUGAGGUUGGAAAUGUAUUUCCAAAUGCUUAAAUGAAGACGGCCUUGCUAUGUGAAACUGCACUGCGAUAUCUCCGGUUCUGUAACUCUCCAGAGUGGAAAAAGAUUCCUCUCUGUCGUGACAGUGAUGGUCCUGGAAAUUGGAACUGCUGAGAUUCUGGUGCGGCCUCUGAUGAAGUGUGAAACUUGUGAGGCUGGAGAAAUCUGGUGUUUAUGUUGUUGGUCUGAAAGAAUCAUUCCAUCUCCUCUGCUUUUUAUGCUUCUGGCUCCAUCUUUGUAUGACGUAUACAGGUGAAAAUAAAGAGCUGAUCACUUCAUUGUUUGUUGAUGAUUCG